AUGGACCACUUCUCUGCUUCGCCAACCCCUGGGCCCUCUCCCUCAACCGAUCCCCCACCGUCAGAUGGGUCUCUAUCCAUAUCCAACGCCCAAGAAUUCGAUCGUGCCCUCGCGUCUCUUCUUCCUGGUGUAGGCCCCCCUGAAUCAUGGGAACUCAUGGAGGCCAUCCUUUCCCGCCACCCGGAGAUUAUGCAUGGCAGCCGAAGCCUCCUUCAAUACAAAACUGCGUUGCUAAUCCGCGACUCUACCACCCGCAGAUUCGAACGCCUCAACGACGCCGUCGAGUCCUCACGCCAAGCGCUAGCGCUGUCCCCGAACUCCAUCUCCUUCUCUCUCUUCCACGCCAUCUUGCUCUUCGAACUGGCCCGAAACGGCGCCGGUUCGUACGACGCCGUGGUCCAAGAAGGCGAGCGGGCGUUGCUGAUCGAGAACCCGACGGACCCAGGGUACGAAGUCCCGGUCCCGGCUUCGCGGCUCGAGAAGAUGAGGAAGGUUCUCGCGGAGCUGAUAGAUAAAUCCAAGAGGCAGAUCAUCAUUCUUGGAGGUGGGAACAGGAGGGACAAGUGGAAACGGCUCUUAGAGGAUAAUUCCCUGGCGGAGGUAAAGGCCGAGUUCGAGGCUACGCUACGGAGAAAGAUGAAGAUCCCAGGGCGGAGGGCGCCACUGGAUUUCGCGUCUCCCUCGCUGGACGAUCGGGUCGGAGAGAAAAGGAAGAUCAAGAAGCACAAGAAAGUCGAGUCGAACAACGUCGCAACGAUCAGUCGAGUCAGGGCCUUCUGGAACGACAAGAUGAGUGUGGAAAACAAGAGGGAGUUGUUGAGAAUCGGAAUCGAAGACCUCAAAGCGUAUUUGGAUAAGAAUAAGUUGCGAAUGGCAAAGGAGGUUUUGACGGAAGCAAUAGAUUACGCUAAGGCGGAGAAGUUAUGGAGUUUUUGGGCGUGCUAUUACUGCGGACAGAGGGUUUUUGAUUCAGAUACCGACAAGCAUCUUUGGGAUCAUUUAGGUGCUCUAUCGGAGAGUUUUCGAUCGCUUUUUCCGGAUGAAGCCCCCGAAUGGGCCGUUAACAUGGUCGAAAACGGCGUUUGGAAGCCCGUGGAAUUGAAUUGCGCCGCCGAGAUCAUGGAACGCCAGUCCGCUGCUGCAGAUUGGCCAUAUAUUGACGACAGUGAGCGGGAAGAAAUCAUCGAGAGAAUUCGUAUGAAACUGCAAUUGUUUAAAAGCAACAGAUGUCUUGCUUGUAGCCAUCUCCAUUGGCUGCAGUACUUGAUAAUCGAAUUGCUGCAAAAUCAUAUUCCUAAACCGAAGAUUGCGGAUCUUUGGUCUCACCACACGCUCCACUUGAUACGCUUUUUGGAAGUUCCGGGGCUCAAUCGUGUUCUUGGGUUCUUGGAAGAUCUGGCAAAUGGUUGCGCUUUGCGUUGUCUUGGUGAGGUCAAGUCGGAGGAAGACGUUAGAGGCAAUCAGUGGUUUUGGGACAACGCUCGAGAAAGGGUUGUUUUCAGCAGCGACUUCUCAGCUCUCCUUUUCGAUGACCGGUUGUUGCGAGGAGAGACUGUUGUGGCCGAAAUUGGAAAUGCAGUGGUAACUUCGACUGUUGCCGAAGAUUGUGAUGCUGAUUGUGACAGUGAUGCUUUGGUUGAUUGGCUAUGGACGGAACGUCCGACAAUUGGGGAGCAAAUAAAGGCAUGGACAAGUCUGAGAGAAGGCAGCAAAAGUCGAGGAAUGAUUUUCUACGAGAUCGUUGAAGAUGAAUCUCGCCGUUUGCACAGAAUGUGUGAAAGAAAAGGCGAAUAG